GCGGGCCUCACAGGGACGGUGCGCGCUGCCUCUGACCGGACAACACAUGCAAAUCCCAGAAGAAAGAGACCCCGGGAACACUCAGGACUCAGGUUCAUUUCGUCCUCCAAUUGGAUGAUGGAGCACGCUUUCGGGGAGGAGCAGCGUAGAGCAGCCAAAAGGGAGGAAAAAUUUAACGAGUAGAAAAAACACGGUUCCUAGCCGUGUGGACUCAUGCGCCUCCAGUCUUACUUUUAGGCUUCUCGCUUUCCCAAAUGUCCUCGGCGGCAGCGUUCGCUCUGUCCGCUUCGCCGUGGUGAGUUGUGGCUUAAAAAAAGGAACUUCUAGACGAUACAGGAAGAAGAGAAACCAGAAACAGAUUGGGAGCACGCGACGAACUUACGAGGGUUUCUGGAGGGGACGCUUUUUGGGGAGGUUUUACGCAUAGCGCAGGAUGCAGGCGCGCUACUCCGUCUCCAGCCCCAACUCUCUGGGAGUUGUACCGUACAUCAGCAGCGACCAGAGCUACUACCGGGCCGGCGGUGGAUACACCGGGAUGCCUGCACCCAUGAGCAUGUACUCCCACUCGGCCCACGAUCAGUACCCGGCCAGCAUGGCACGGGCGUACGGACCGUACAACCCCCAGCACCAGGCAAAGGACAUGGUGAAACCUCCCUACAGCUACAUCGCUCUCAUCACCAUGGCAAUCCAGAAUUCAGCGGAGAAAAAGAUCACCCUGAAUGGGAUUUAUCAGUUUAUCAUGGAGCGAUUCCCGUUCUACCGGGACAACAAGCAGGGCUGGCAGAACAGCAUCCGGCACAAUCUGUCUCUCAACGAGUGCUUCGUGAAAGUGCCCCGGGACGAUAAGAAGCCCGGCAAGGGCAGCUACUGGACUCUUGACCCGGACUCCUACAACAUGUUUGAGAACGGCAGCUUCCUACGGCGUCGGAGGAGGUUCAAAAAGAAGGACGUGCAGAAGGACAAGGACGACCGGGACAGGCAGGUCAAGGACCCCUCGUCUCGCACCCCGGGCCGGGAGCAGGACCCCUCAGCGCAGGGCUCUCAUCCGGUGCGGAUCCAGGAUAUAAAGACGGAGAACGGGACGUCUACGCCGCCGCAGGCCGCUUCCCCGGCCCUGAGCGCCGUGCCCAAGACCGAGAGCCCCGACAGCAGCAGCAGCAUGUCCACUGGCAGCCCGCACAGCGUGCCCUCCACCCGGUCACUCAGCAUGGACGGACCCGAGCACCACCAGCACCACGGCCAGGUCCCGGCGCAGGGCUUCAGCGUGGAUAACAUCAUGACCACCCUGCGGGGGUCUCCGCAGGCCGAGCUGUCCCCGCCACUCAUCGCCUCGUCUCGGACAGGUAUCGCCCCUUCCAUGUCGCUCAACUACUCCCCCAACCAAACAUCCGCAUACAGCUCGACGACCUGCAACCAGAGCGCCAUCUCCAACUCCAACGCGACCUAUCACUGCAACAUGCAAGCCAUGAGCCUGUACGCGGGGGAGCGGUCCUCCGGCGGCCACCUGGCGCCUUCCACCACGGUGGAGGAGGCCCUGCCCGACUAUUGCAUCACCACGACCACCGCGUCCCCUCUCGGACACAACAACCUGAGCCAGGUGGGCCAGGACGGCCACCACGCGCACCAGGGACGGCUCGCGUCCUGGUACGGGGACCUGAGCCAUUUGAGCCCGGGUUACCCGGCGCAGCAGCAGAACUUCCACUCUGUGCGGGAGAUGUUCGAGUCCCAGCGGAUCGGGCUGAACGGCUCCCCGGUCAGCGGGAAUAAUAGCUGUCAGAUGGCCUUCCCGUCCGGCCAGUCCAUCUACCGCACCUCGGGAGCUUUUGUUUAUGACUGCAGCAAGUUCUGAAAGGCAAAGUGUUUAAAUGAAUAACUCUAAUAUAUGUUUUAUAUUUUGUUUUGUACUUUGGCUCGUUUGUUCCCUCUCGGAAUGGACAUAAGAGAUUCAGAGACUUUCUUUUUUUUUAUCGAGACGUGUGUAACACCGAAAACACGUAAGUUUGUUUUCCCUCUAACUUUGAGAAUUGUUUAUAAAGAUGGCACAAACACCAGCUUUUAUGACCAUAUACUGUAAAUUAUAACCUAAUAUAGUAAUUUAUUUUCUAGAAAAGGGGAGUGGUUUGGAUAUUGAGGACCAAACACUUUAAAGUUUCUUUUUCUUUUUGGUUUAUUUGUCCCAGUUCUUGUAUAGAAAUAGAGGGGGGCUUUAGUCUGUACAGACUCAUUUUAUUCAUCUUGUCUUAUUUGUUAAAAAACUAUUUUGAAGGCAUUACAUUUUGUUUGUUUAAUAAAGUGCCGUCUAUUUGAUCUUAA